AAAAUCUACAUGGAAAGGUCAAGGUCAUGUGUCAAUGUAAACACAGAAGUCAAACCGAUGGUCCAACAUGUGGCAUCUUUUAAAAUCUAGCAGUGUCUUCAGGUGUUUAUGCUCAAAAACGUAUUUGUGCCAGAAUGGUUCAGCUUGUCCUGAUGUGCUCCACAUGAAUGCCUUUACAAUGGUGAAAGGAAAAGCAGUACACACCAGAGUGACAUUGACUGGAAGUUACUCAGGUCAUCGGCAAUUAGCAGAUGUGACUUUUAACCUAUGCUCAACAUACCCUAGAUUUGAAUUCCAUAGGUUAUAUUCUUCUUCUGGUGUUUUUUCGUAUGAAAGUGUAUCAUCAUCUGAAAAGCAAACUGUAAACACACUCUACCAGGGCCUCCUUAAUAAAGAAAGAGGAAGCUUGGCCAGAGCAAUUACUCUCGUAGAAUCCACUCAUCACAGGAAACAAGAACAAGCUCAGGUUUUACUCGGCAGGGUGUUACAGCAUCACAAAGAAUUGCAGAAAGCAUCUAACGAAUAUAUCCCUUCAUUUAGAAUAGGUUUAUCUGGUCCGCCAGGGGCUGGUAAAAGUACAUUUAUAGAAGCAUUUGGCAAGUUUUUGACCGGUCGUGGUCAUAAAGUUGCUGUUCUUGCUGUGGAUCCAUCCUCCUCACAAACUGGAGGUUCACUGCUAGGUGACAAGACGAGGAUGCCGGAGUUGGCUUGUGACAUGAAUGCCUACAUUAGACCUUCACCAGCCCGGGGCAGCCUUGGGGGGGUCACCAGGACAACCAAUGAGGCUAUAGUCUUGUGUGAGGCUGCUGGAUACGAUAUCAUCCUGGUAGAAACUGUGGGAGUUGGGCAGUCAGAGUUUGUUGUAUCAGAUAUGGUGGACAUGUUCUGUCUGAUUAUUCCUCCUGCCGGAGGAGAUGAACUGCAGGGUAUAAAGAAGGGUAUAGUGGAGGUGGCGGACAUUGUUAUUGUGAACAAGUCUGAUGGGGACCUGGUGCCAGCCGCCAGACGCAUACAGAUGGAGUAUGUCAGCGCUGUCAAGUACAUGAGAUAUAGGUCCUCAGUUUGGAAACCUCAGGUUUUACGGAUUUCAUCCCUUACAAGAGAAGGAAUUCCAGAGUUGUGGUCAGACAUGACUAAAUACAAAACAAGUGUACAGAUGGCAGGCGAGUUUACUCGAAAACGUGAAAAACAGCACAAGAUAUGGAUGUGGAACUAUGUGCGUGACCAUAUAAUGGACCUGUUUCUAAAGCACCCCUCCGUAAGGGAGGUAGUUUCUGAGGUGGAGGAAAAAGUGGCCUCAGGGGAGACCACUCCUGGCAAGGGCGCUGAUAUACUGCUGCAUAGAUUUGUUAAGGACCUCUAAUGAGUAGUUUAAUACUUGUUUGAUAGUGUAUGUUAGAAGUUAAUUUGAAGUUUUAUCAUAUCUUAGACAUGUUUAUUUUUGUUAAUUGUAUUAAAGUACAUAUAUAUUUAGCAUGUUUAGUGACUGUAGAACUGUUGCAAUAUUUAUUUAACAGUUUGUGUUUAAACUCUGCUCUUCAUCCAUUAAGUGCAAUAUGUUGAUGACGUUUAGAUUUAAUUUGUUAUGCAACAGUCCUUAUAUAACAUGAAUAAUGACAUAACGGUAAAACAUCAGGCCUGUUUUUAAAUUUGUUGUAUAAUCCAAUAACAAGUUCAAGCUGACAUUCAGAACCUGUAUAGAUUGGUGUAGUAAUCAAUUCAGACACUGCAUAACUCUGUUAGAAAUGAAAUGAUUAAAUAGAUAGUAAUAUUGCAGGUCUAAUAUAAUACCAACAUCAGAUCUUUGUUGUUUUUUUGGUAUUAUUAAUUGGUAUUGUAGUCUGUUAUGCUGAGUUGGCCUUCCUCUGUCAGACUAUGGAUGCAUUGUUGAGCUCUGGAAAAGAGGUCAAUGGAAUCAACACAUGUAUACAUGUAUAACAAUCAAAGUGCUUAAAGCUUGAAAGGCUUUUAGCCUGCUACAUUUAUGUCAUUGUGUGUUAAACAAAAAAAACCCCAUAAACAUCAUAAAAAACAUUUAACAAAAUGCAUUGGAUUUUUUUAUGUUUAAGGUCUCUUUCUACAAUGACAGGAUCCUCAUGCAAAAUUCUUCUGGAUCAAUCAACAAUAUACUAUUUAUUCCCUGUAUAGCAGGCAGGAAACCUGUCAAUGCUUUUAGCCCUUCAAUUUUUAUUGUAAAACUGUAUUAUACGCAUUUAGUAAUGGUUAAAUGUUGUAAGUAUGUACUUAAAUAAAUAAAUGGUUUGAUGUGACACAGCCACAUAACCAUUUAUUUUGUAUAAAUACAUACUAACAAUCUUAAUAAUAAAAAAAUGUUAAGGCUAUUUUAAAUAUAGAAACUGUAUUAAUAAUUGAACUAUAAUCACCCCAAAAUCCUGAUUAUUGGAUAAAAUGAAAUAUUAGAAUAUUGUUUAAAACAUUUUGUUUGAUAUCUUAUUUGAUAUACAAAUGGGCAUUAAAUUGCAUCUUCAAAAAGACA